CAUUCUCAGUUUAUCCUGUAAAUUUAGUAGAACCACAGUGAUCGGGAUAUUACGACGCUUAACCUUACUCUUGGAUUAUAUUAAAAAGGAUAUGAACAUUAUUUGAAUUCGUCUAAUUCUGAUGCAGCUUUUGUUUCUAACAGUGGGAUUUGAUUUACCUAACAUGGAAAAUUAUACGGCUCCACCGGCUAGUCUGCUAAGUACAUCGAGCGGGUCAGCGAUGGUUUCCCCGCCCGCCAGUACGGGGGAUUCGGGCGAAUUGUUUCGAUUCACCAACUACACCCAACGGGCCAUCGUGGCGACGAUGUUCAUCAUCGCCUGCGUCCUCGGUACCGCAGGUAACUCGCUGGUCAUUCUCGCCGUCGUAUUCUCGAAAAAACUACGAACGAUCACGAACGUUUUCGUCGUGAAUCUUGCUGUCGCUGAUCUCCUCACCUCGUUAAUUCUACCAUGGAAUGCUGUGGCGUUGCUAAGUAGAGAUGGCUGGCCACUCCAUGAAUGGGUUUGUAGCGCUGCUGCAGGAAUCCUAUUCACCUGUGUUGGAUGUAGCACUUACACUCUAGCAUCAAUCGCCUUGAAUCGUUGUAUCCUCAUCACCAAACGUCUUCAAAGCUACCAAGCCAUCUUCAAGAUCCGUAACCUGGCCAUCUGGAUCUCUCUAACCUGGAUCGUACCCUUCGUUCUCUGCGUCAUCCCUGGGUUCGUCGGCCUGGGCCAACUGGGCUACAACGCGAAAUACAGCACCUGCAGUCAACAGUCCAAACAUGAGUAUUCCAACUACUACGAUAUCCUCCAGGCUCUAGGGAUCUAUCCCAUCCCGCUCGUCAUCAUCGUCGUCUGCUAUAUCAAGAUCUUUCUUCAUGUUCGACAUCAUCUCAGGUCGAUGCUCUCGACGUCGGUGUCAUGCCCGAGUAGUAAUGACAACGAGCUCUCAUCCUCUGUCAAUGAUACAUCAGUCCCCCAUGUUAACAGGUUAGUUACUUUUAUUUGCAGGAUAUUAGUUUACUUUAAUUUGUAUCUUUAUUCUCAGAUUUCUUGCAAGGCCCCUCCCUCGAAGCAGAACGGAACAAGCAACAACAACCCCCAGCGAAUCAGCAACCAUAAUGCUUCCAUCACCUCCUCACAUAGCUCACUCAGAGGACGCCAGCUACGUCGACAGGUUGAAAUCACCAAAAACCUUUUCUAUGUCGUCUGCGCGUUUCUCAUCUGUCUCACUCCGUACAGCGUGUGCCUUCUCUACGACGAUAGCGACCCGUUCGUCCCUUACGCCGCCGCCAUCGUCUUCUGUAACUCGUGCAUAAAUCCCAUCAUCUAUGCCACCAAACAUCCGUAUUUCAAGAAGGUCUUCAGGUGUAUUCUCACAUGCAAAUGCAGUGAUAUCCCUGAAGCAGCUGACGUCAUCAAAAGGGUGUCAAAAAAGACGAAGAAUAAUUGUACGGGAUGCCGCUCUACGACGUAUGAGAUGUGA